GAACGGGAGAUACUAUUCAAGUACUGUUUGGACGAAUACGUGACGGUUCGCCGAUCGGCUGUUGUCCGCAAUUUCAUCGAAGCCCUGACUCGCGGCCGACCCUCGGCUAACACGACGGCCAUUGAAAGCCAUUCAAACGAUGUGAUCCGAUAUGUGGGCGAUAUGUUUGCAUUCCUUCAUCAGUCCAUCGCUAAUGAGAGGGAAAUGAUUGACAAUUUGCUAAAGUUGUGCGACAAACAGAAGUUGUCGACCACUGGUUUGGCCAACACUUCCAUCUCAUCCAUCACUGAAGGUUUGUGUCGACCACUGAAAGUACGGGUCGAACAGAGCUUAAUAUCAGACAAUACAAGUGCCGUCAAAACCGGUCCAUCGGUUUACUAUCGGAUCAAAAACAUAAUUAGCUUUUAUUUGCAUACUUUGACGCAGACAUCGCUUCUCAUACCGGAGUCGCCAUUCAUUUAUACGCUGAAAGAGUUGCAGACAUUGAGUGAUAAGAUAUUCUACAAUAGCCUUAACUUCUGUGUCGCGCGAAUCGGCAAAUCGCAGGUCAGCGACGUUGAAGUGCCCGCCAAUGAUCUAAAGCCCACCCAAUCGGUGACACACAUUGUCUCUGUCCUCAAAGACGUGCUCUUCUGUCAGAACUCGUGUCUCUCCGCCGACGAAGAGAGGGAACAAGAAGUGCAACAAAUCCUGUCCACAGUUAUCGAGCCGUUGAUCCACUCGUGCAUUAUCUCCGCCUCUAAACUGACGCCAAUAGAAAUGGCGGUCUUUCUCUUCAAUUGUCUCUUUACUAUCAAUGAAACGCUCGCUAACUAUCGCUUCACCGAUCGGUUCAAAGACAUGAUAGCGCUUCAGACGGACGGACACAUCGAGACUCUGGUCAACGAACAGAUCUCACAUAUAAUCUCUUAUUUGGGAUUAAGUUCUCUGCAAAACGCCAUUCAACAGAAGGAUGAGAUUACGAUCCCUUUCUCACAACUUUCCGGUUGCGAUCCACUGGCCAUCAGAUCCGCAAUGAAGGAUGAGAUUACGAUCCCUUUCUCACAACUUUCCGGUUGCGAUCCACUGGCCAUCAGAUCCGCAAUGCUAAAAAUGGAUACUUUUAUCUCUGGGCCCACAGAUCUGGCACUCCAUCAGAGCUCGUAUUUGAUUGCUUCAAACGCUAAGGAUAUCGUAUGGAAGCACUCUUUGGCAUCGAUUUGCACAAUAUAUGAGCAAAUGUAUGAAUCGGUCAACAAUACGGUCAACAAUUAUGUGGAUCCCAACACUUUGAUGAACUAUAAACCGGAACAAAUUAAAAUGCUUCUGCUGUGAGUGCCACCAAAGUGUCAUCGCUUUAUAUAGU